AUGUCAGAAAAGGUGUCCAUUUGUGGGUUGUCGCCACUCUGUAGUCAGUAUGUGGACCAAUCCAGCUUGUAUGUGUGUAGUUGUAGUCACUAUGUGGACCAAUCCAGCUUGUAUGUGUGUAGAUGUAGUCACUAUGUGGACCAAUCCAGCUUGUAUGUGUGUAGUUGUAGUCAGUAUGUGGACAAAUCCAGCUUGUAUGUGUGUAGAUGUAGUCACUAUGUGGACCAAUCCAGCUUGUAUGUGUGUAGUUGUAGUCAGUAUGUGGACCAAUCCAGCUUGUAUGUGUGUAGUUGUAGUCAGUAUGUGGACCAAUCCAGCUUGUAUGUGUGUAGUUGUAGUCAGUAUGUGGACCAAUCCAGCUUGUAUGUGUGUAGAUGUAGUCACUAUGUGGACCAAUCCAGCUUGUAUGUGUGUAGUUGUAGUCAGUAUGUGGACCAAUCUAGCUUGUAUGUGUGUAGUUGUGGUCAGUAUGUGGACCAAUCUAGCUUGUAUGUGUGUAGUUGUGGUCAGUAUGUGGACCAAUCCAGCUUGUAUGUGUGUAGUUGUAGUCAGUAUGUGGACCAAUCCAGCUUGUAUGUGUGUAGUUGUAGUCACUAUGUGGACCAAUCCAGCUUGUAUGUGUGUAGAUGUAGUCAGUAUGUGGACCAAUCCAGCUUGUAUGUGUGUAGUUGUAGUCAGUAUGUGGACCAAUCCAGCUUGUAUGUGUGUAGUUGUAGUCAGUAUGUGGACCAAUCCAGCUUGUAUGUGUGUAGAUGUAGUCACUAUGUGGACCAAUCCAGCUUGUAUGUGUGUAGUUGUAGUCAGUAUGUGGACCAAUCCAGCUUGUAUGUGUGUAGUUGUAGUCAGUAUGUGGACCAAUCCAGCUUGUAUGUGUGUAGUUGUAGUCAGUAUGUGGACCAAUCCAGCUUGUAUGUGUGUAGAUGUAGUCACUAUGUGGACCAAUCCAGCUUGUAUGUGUGUAGUUGUAGUCAGUAUGUGGACCAAUCUAGCUUGUAUGUGUGUAGUUGUGGUCAGUAUGUGGACCAAUCUAGCUUGUAUGUGUGUAGUUGUGGUCAGUAUGUGGACCAAUCCAGCUUGUAUGUGUGUAGUUGUAGUCAGUAUGUGGACCAAUCCAGCUUGUAUGUGUGUAGUUGUAGUCACUAUGUGGACCAAUCCAGCUUGUAUGUGUGUAGAUGUAGUCAGUAUGUGGACCAAUCCAGCUUGUAUGUGUGUAGUUGUAGUCAGUAUGUGGACCAAUCCAGCUUGUAUGUGUGUAGAUGUAGUCAGUAUGUGGAUCACGCAUAA